UUCACUGAGCAUUUGCACAGACCGCUAAACUCUCACUAGUGUACCAGAGACCCCACCAGUCGAGAGGUGGGUCCAUCGGUAUGAUCUCAGAUCGUGUCAGUGUGGCGCAGCACGCGCAACAUGUUGCCCCUUACGGGAAGUGUGGGCGGUCCUACCCCAGAAUCACUGGCUCGGACGGGACAAAAUAAUACAGUUUAAAUUCUUGUUUUGGCGACUUUUAGAUUUUAGGAAUAAAUAAAUAUGGUAUCGGUGUAACAGAGAGCACACAGGGACCAACAUUGAAGCCAGUUAGCUAGUCUUCAUCAUGGUGUCUGAGCGAGUGCUCCAGCUGUUGGUGUUAGCCUGCAUUGCCUCUUCUCUCCCUGCUCGAGCCGCUUCAGAAGACAACAGCCAUUUGUUGAUAGCCCCACAGUCUCCAAAUCUAGAGAUCGGGACCAACUUCACGGCUACAUGCAUGAUCAUCAACACAGACAAAUUCACAGCAGAUGACCUCUACUGGAAUCUGUCUCAGGCUACUGUAUCCAGAGACCAAUACACCAAGAUCAACGAGUCGGCUCUCAAUGUCACUGUCCCCAUCAUCGGUGAAAAGUCAGAGUGGUUAUUUUGCCUCUGCAAGAAAGUGUCGCCCUAUUUUGCCUUGAACAAAGACAAAUGUAUUCACGGGAUCUACCUUACGAAAGGCUAUCGUCCGGGGAAGCCUGAGAAUCUGUCCUGUCAGGCCGUUCAGGAGACUGAGUACAUCUCGACAACCAUCAGCUGCAAGUGGGACCCGGUCGGACAUCAAACCACAAAUGUCCCUACGUCAUACACACUGACUGUCGCAGUGUUGUUUUCUACAACCUAUAAUGUGUCAACCCAAGAAAACCAUGCCAUGGUGCAUUUUGUGUCCAGUUUCCCCACUCAUAUGAUGCUGGAGAUCUGGGUGGAGGCACACAAUAAACUGGGGAGAAUAGAGUCCGAGCAUUUGAAAGAGGAUGCCGGCUGGUUUGUGAAAACAAACCCUCCAUCAGACGUCAAACUCAUUUCAGAGAAGAGUUUCCCCACCUCCCUUCUGAUAAACUGGACUCAUCCUAUUCCUAAAGAAUAUCUGAAACUAACAUAUCAAAUAAGAUUCUGUCCAAAUGGAUCUCAAAGUUGGACAUAUGUACCUCUUGUUGACACUGCCAUGGAUAUACAAUCCUUCAGACUCCAGAACCUUCAGCCAGACACAGUAUAUGUCACUCAGGUGUGCUGCAAAAACAGUAGAAAUGGAUCUGGUUACUGGAGCAACUGGAGUACCAACGCUACCGUGAGAACAUCGGAGGACCGACCAGGUAAACCGGAUUUAUGGAGAAUCAUUGCUGAGGGUGACGGCAUAAACGAACGACGAGUGCAGUUUAUUUGUAAGGAUCCUGUAUUGGCCAAUGGGAGGAUAACAGGAUUCAACAUAAGGAUUCAAGACCAAAAGGUUCCCAGUCCAGUCAACCGGUCAGAGAGCGGCUCUUUCACUAUCCUUCAACAGAUUCACCUGGCUGACAAGAAAUCUGUCAAAGUAUACGUCACCGCUGACAAUUCUGUUGGGAAAUCUGUUGAGGCAUUGUUGGUCAUCCCAGAAAAAUCACAUGAACUCGCCCCAGUUGGAGAGCUGAAGGUGUGGCCCCAAGGGGGCCGACUGUGGUUGGAGUGGAAACCCCCGAACAGCACAGCUCUGUCGGAGUACGUGGUGGAGUGGGUCAGUGGUGAUCAGACGGACUGGCAGAGGGAAAAUAGAAACACCAGGCGCACUGCCAUUAAAGGCAACCUUGAGAAGUUUGUUUGCUACAACGUGUCUGUAUAUCCUAUGUACUCUGGACGGACUGGGAAACCAGCAAGCACAGCUGUCUUUCUGGAGCAAGGAGCUCCGUUGGAAGCCCCCGCAGUUCGAUUGAAUGGUAAACCAGGCCAUGAUGAGGCGGAGCUGGUCUGGAAGGAGCUGCCUCAACGCAGACGGCGAGGCUUCAUCACAAACUACACCAUAUUCUACACAAGUGCAACCAAAAAACAGAAAAUAACCGUGCCAGCUGACACCACCUCAUACACUCUGAAGUCAUUGACGGGCAACACCAAGUAUGACGUGUGGAUAAUAGCCUCAACCAUCAACGGCUCCACCGCCAGCUUCAAUCACUCAUUCACCACUCUGAAAUAUGCACCAGGAGAGAUGGAGGGCAUUGUGGUCGGCGUGAGCCUUGGCUUUCUGUUCAUUGUUGUUGUGACCAUGCUGCUCUGUGUCUACAAAAAAGACGCGAUCAAAGUGAAUUUUUGGCCCCGGAUUCCAGACCCUGGGGAGAGCACCAUUGGAAACUGGUCUCCUGAUUAUCCUUUGAAAGUGAGGAGUCCUUUUGAACUGACACACAUAAGGGCAGAGAGACCAAAGGAGAACGGUCUGUGUGGUGUCAGUGUGCUGGAUGUGGAUGUGUGCGAUGGAAAAUGCGUGUUUGAGGAGGACAAGGCCAGUCUGCCUCUGAAGAAGGACAAGUAUCUGUCUGAGGAGCACAGCAGCGGCAUCGGGGGCUCCUCCUGCAUGUCCUCACCUCGCCAAAGUGUGUCCGACAGCGACGAGGGCGGCGACAUGGCCGACACCACGGCCAGCACCGUUCAGUACUCCUCUGUGGUGGCCUCCAAUGGCUACAAGGGUCAGACCCCCAACUCCCAGCCCCAGCAGGCUAUUUUUUCACGGUCCGAGUCCACGCAGCCCCUGCUGGACUCUGAGGAGAACCCAGACACGUUGCUGCAGGAUGGCAGCAGACAGUCCCAUCGUUUCCCCCGAAGGCCCUGCUCCACACACACUGCGGGGAGCGAUGACGGCACCAACCCUGGUGACAUCAUGGAGCAGCAGGGGGCGCUGGAGUCUCUGGACUUCUGUCCCCUGGAAGAGGACUGUGAGCAGCCGACGGCAGACGGCCAGUCGGCGGCACCGGUCUCCAACUACAUGCUUCAGCUGGGAGGCUACAGGCCACAGUAAGAGACCUAGGUGUGUCAUCCUUGUGAAUGCUUCUGUGCCUUUUGUUAAAGUGGCAAUAGGCAAGUUGUUGGCUUAUCAUUACAAAGUAAAUGUUGAUUGCACGAUGUAACGGCUAUAGAAUAAUGUUUCCAUUGAUUCCCCAUAAGCCUGGAAAUGGCAGACAGUGGAUCAACUGCAGUAACUGGAAAGCAACUGUCCACAGCUCUUUUCCAAUGAUAGUUGGUAGCUCCAACGUCAUACCAAGCCCCCAGGAAGAGCGCUGGGCUUCCGUCAUGUGCAAACAAUUCUUAUUGUUUCCCAUGGACUUACAUUGGACUUCCUAGUAGGAACCCUUGAAUGGCCCUUAUUUAACGCAUUCAGUCCUAAAAGUUCUAAAAUGCCUUAAUAGUUGAAACCAGUUAUUUUCCUUCCUCUGUGCAUGUGAAUGAGAUCGAGACAGGAUCAAGGGCUGGGAGGCGGGGCUAAAGGCAACAAUGUUUUUUCAUGCUCUAUGGAUCCGGGGUUCUGGAAGAUCCAUACAUUUUCAUCAUUCUAUACUCAGAAGUCAAAUGUUUUUUGCUUCAUGCGCCACUCAACUUUCAUAGGAAAGAACGUCAUGCCAGUUCUCUUUAUUCAACAUUUGCUCAUUUUCAUAUCGUUGACAUAGUGGUGCAUUCAUUUGCAUAAAGCUUACCCCCGUACUGCUGGCAGAAGAGCCUGUGAUCACUCUAAACCGAUUGAAUGGCAAUAUGUAUUUGAAAAUGUCUUGCUAUUUUUUUUUCCCAUGAUGGUCGGAUAGUUGCCAGUUCUCAGAAGAAAAAUGCAAGCAAUCCUGUUAUCUUUGCAACAGCAUCAGCAACAAUAAUAGCAUUUGUAAAUGCUAGCGGGGAUUUGAAAAGUUGUCUAUUGCCACGUUAAUGUCACAAUAUUGUUUUCAAGUCUUUGAAGCAGUGAAGAGUCGUUUACAUGUGACCAAGUGUAACUAUUUCCAGAUGCUUUGGGAGAGGACUCUUUAAGGGGAAUUAGAGCUUGCAGCGGUAGUUUACUAGCUUUGCACUUGCAUAGAAAACCUCCACAGCCACAUCUUCGUAGUAAAUAAUACCCAAAACAUACUUGCACAUGUAUCUUCAGUAAAUGUUGCGUUUGUGGA